AUGCGGCCUGCGGUGAGUCCCGGCGGCGGAAGGAGGAUGCCCCCGGGCGAAGAGGCUCUGCGGUCGUUGAAGAGGCCGCGCCACCCCGUGGAUCCCGGCUCCGGCUCCGACCCCGGCUCCAGCUCCGGCUCGGAAUCCGACGGCGAUUUCGUCAGCGACUUGAGGCAGAUCGCGUGCCUGCUGCGGUUGAUCAAGGGCGGGCCCAACAAGGAUCGCCAGAAGAUGUGCGAGCAGAUCAUCGCCAGUGUUGCAGCCAAUAUUCAGACUAUGCUUGAAGAUACCAAGUCCAAGUUUGAGAAGGAAAGGCAGAACUUGCUGAAAGUAUUGUCAGGCACUUCGAAAGAGCAGUGUGAAAGUUCAUUGAACGAAGAGUACACCAAGCUUCAGGAAACAUAUGAAAUGUUCUGUGAAGAAAAUGAUGCACACUUACAAACCUUCAAAGACCUAUUCUCACAAGUUGAAGUUGAGAAAAAGAAACUGCUUGAGCAGUAUCAAUAUCAGAGGAAGGAGACGGCUACAUUGUCUGAACUUGGUGAAACCUUCUCAGAGAAGAUAACAAAUGCCAAACCAUCACCGAAAAGGAUGAAGCAGGAUGACAAGUCUUUUAUCAUCUUCCGCAAGUCGAUUGGUUCAUAUCUCGAGUGCGCAUCGGACGACGAUUUUGACCUUGAUGAUGAAUGA